AUGGAGGAGGGCUCCCUGCUUCAGCGCUUCUCUGGAGCGAUGCGCACCAUCCUGCGGCUGCCAGAAGUGCGUGCCGUGCUGCAGUUCGGCCAGUUCACAGCCUCCUUCCUUUUUGGCAAGCCCCUUGCGCUCUCUUUCACCUGGACGCUGCACCUAACCAUGCGCACUCGCUACUUCUGA